AUGAGUCAGCCUCCGGCACAGGGUAACCCACAACAGGGCACCAAUGGCGGACCGGGUCAGCAGAUUCUGCCAGCCCAGGCGACCAAGCUUCUUGCAGUACUCAAGGAGCUGUUGGAGAAAGCCAAAACCUCCACAGACCAGGCCACCCAACAAGCAUGUUACAGAAAGGCGGAGCAGAUCAGGCAAGUUCUUAUGAACUAUCAGAGACAGCAAAGACGUGGACAGGAGCAGGGUCAGAAUGCUGGAACCUCAGCUCAAGGUGGUCAAGGUCAGACUGGUGCAGGUGGAGCCAAUUUUGCUGGAAACGCUCAGAUGGGCCAGCAAAGACCUCAGGGGCAAACAUAUCCUCAAGCUCAGGCAUCAGGUAUGGGGCAAAACCAGCAAGCUCAGCAAGUGGCGGGUCAGCAAAUGAGACCACAAGGAAACGCUGGACUGCCACCAGUAGCAGGUGCAGGUGCACAGGGUGCUAGACCGGGCACCAUACCAAGCUCACAGGUCACUCCAGAAAGAUACCAACAGGUGAGACAGCGUAUUCUGGAGGUCGAAAGAAAGAUUCAGUCUUUGGAGGCGGAGAAGAGAGGAGACUUACCCGCAGAGAAGCGGGCACAGAUUGAUAACCAGCUCACGGAGUGGAGAAACAAGUACGCACAGUUUCAGAAGUUUGCCAACAUUAUCAGGUCUCAGUUGGUGGAGCAAGCCCGUAACGCAUCCAACCAAGGAGCUGCCAGUGCCGGAAACCUCGGUACAGCUGGUACACCUGCUGCUUCCAGCGCAGGCUUGAAUCUCCAGGGUCUGGCAUCUAGCCCUAGCGUGCCAAGUGCCGCUGCUGCUGCCGCUGCUGCUCAAAAUUCGGCCCAGAGAGCAUCCGUAACUCAACCUGCUAUGGGAGCUGCUGGUUCACCCCCAAUCAACCGAGCUGGAUCUCCCGGUUCAGUGGGCAAGGCAACAAGUGGUUCGCCAGUACCUGUGCCAGGUGCUACGCCAGGUGCUCCUGGUGGACCCAACGCUCAAGGUGUAGCAUCCGGAGCAGGAACCCCAGCUCCACAAAACGCGGCUGCUGCUGCAAAUGCAAAGGGCAGAAGUACCUCCCCACCACCAUCCUCAAAAGAGCCAAGCGUGCCUGGCGUAAACCUAUCUGGCAUCACCAAACCAAGUGUGCCUUCUAUGCCCAUCUCAAAUACCAUCAACGUCAAGCCUCCAGCUCCAGUUACACUCAAACCCGGCGCUAACAAUGUCCGUCCUACAUUGACAGGUGGCGGUGCUUCUGGUUUGGGCCAGAUCAUGGGUACUCCUGCCGUUAUGAGAAUGCCAACUUACGACAUGGCUACCACCUCUGCGGCUGCUCUCACUGACAACGGCGGCAGGGUUUUGACUAAAAGAAAAUUGAGCGAGCUCAUCAACACCAUUGGCGCCGACGAGGGUGAUGGUAGAACGACUAUUGACGGAGAUGUGGAGGAGCUACUCUUGGAUCUUGCAGAUGAAUUUGUCUCUUCUGUCACCACGUUCGCAUGCCGCUUGGCCAAACACAGAAAGACAGACUCUGUUGAUGUGAGAGAUGUUCAAUUACACCUUGAGCGUAACUGGAACAUUCGUAUACCCGGUUAUGCCAUGGACGAGAUUAGAAGCAUGAGGAAGUGGCAACCCAGCUCCUCUUACAACCAAAAGGUUUCUGGAGUGGAGAUUGCCAAGGCUAUUAACGGAAACAUGAACUAA